AUGAAGAACGCAAUCAACAACAUCCCCUCGCCAGAGCACAACUUCACUCUGCACGAACUUCGAUUCACAAUCAACAACACAAUGGCGAGACCGCAAGCUCGAACACUUCCCGCCACUCCAUUGGAAGUGGCUCAACCGGCCACGAUCUACCUCCGUAUGAAGCGCGACGAGAAUGAGUUCCACAUCGUGGCGAUAACCGACAACUACGACGACGCGCACUCCAACCUCGAUCUGCGUUUCUUCAGCGGCGACGACACACUGCAUGGUGUGUUGUCCGACUUCGCGUGCAUGUACGGCACGCACAUCUACACUCCGCGGUAUGCUAUGCGGGCGUUCAGCGACACCGAGGAGGCGGAGCCCGGCUGGCGUCCGUUGCCGCACAACAUGCGACUGGACGCCGUCAUGGAGGGGUUCGAACUGCGUCUGCUUCAGAUCCGUUUCACUAUCAAGUCCUUGGCCUUGUUGUGCUGGUGGGGCCAAACGGUGCAGCGCAUGUCGAAGCCUGAGAUCUCCGAUCAGCCCUCGCCGCCGAGCCCGGCCGAACUCAGAGAUACCUGCGUCGAAUAUCUGUUCGACUUCGAGCUCUUCGAGAGCCGCAUCGUGGUCGCGAGCGUGUGCUGGGGUCAGCCGCCGUACAGCCAUCCCGAGCAUAUCGCGACACAGACCGACCGCACGGUUGACGAUGUGCUCAGCGCUCUGUGCAAGCUCGCCCGCAUCCCCUAUGCCGAGCCCAAGGACGCUCCACUGCUCAUGGACCAGAAUGGCAAGGUUAUCCUGCCCACUCAGAGGCUGGAUGAGUGGCUAGGCAACACCGAAGGAGCGCUCCUCUACGCAUACAUCUUGUGA